AUGCACUUGCCACCCUGCGGUUCAGCGCUUUUGCACCAAAUAUUAUUAUUAGUAUUAAUUUUCGCGCGCAACGUACUCUGUGCCGUGUGGAGUGAUAAUAUCCUGUACAGCAACGCUAAUGUCAGCUAUGUUUAUUCGAAUACACCCUACGAAGAACCAGAAGAGCCGCGCAUGUUGCGCGAAUCUCGGCGCAGCUCAAUAGCCGCCGCCUGCACCACAAACGAGGGCACAUCGGGCACCUGCCUAACGCGCUUCAAUUGCAUGCGUCAAGGCGGCACGGCGAAAGGAUUCUGUAGUACCUAUGGCGUAUGUUGUGAAACAAAUAUUCAAUGUGGCCAUAUUUCGAACUUGAAGCGCACUAUCAUCAAAAAUCCCGUCCAACUGCCAACGUCAUGUCAAUACACCAUCACACCUUACAGCAACAGAGUCUGUCAAGUGCUUAUCGAAUUCCAGCGUUUUGAGUUGCAGCAGCCCACAGAAAACACAGACGCCAACACACUGAUUUGUAGCGACUCCUUCACAGUAGGCGGCUACACGGUGUGUGGCGAAAAUAGUGGUCAACAUUUAUAUUUGCCAUUCAAUGUGGCAGCUGGCGCAUCACAAAUCACCUUGGAAUUCAGUUUACCCACGCAAUGGGCGCAAUCCACCUGGUAUUUGGUGGUCACACAACUGGAGUGCCCAGUACCGAAAAAGAACGCUGGUAGUGGCAUGUUGCUGCCGUUCAUGGGACAAGCUAAUCUGCAGGAUUUGCGUACAAUUUUCACAGCGAAAAACAGUGAUUUGGAUUUACUUGCGCCACCUGGCUGUUUGCAGUAUUUCAGGCAACCAACUGGAACGAUUAAGAGUUUCGGAAAUGUCUACUAUAUGAUGGAUAUGAAGUACACGAUCUGUAUCAAACCUUUGCCGGGCACCACAAUGAUCGAGUAUACAGUAAAUAAAUUCUCUCUUUCUGCGGAACAGACAAAUUCAUUCUACGACGAGGCGUGCCAUCCAACUAUUUAUACAGAGGGGCGCCAAAACGACUAUCUGAUGAUACCGGAUGCGAUGUUCAAAGACAAUACAUAUUACCAGCCGACCUAUUUCUGUGGCCAGGGUCUGACUAGCGGCCAGAUAUUAGUUGCAACCGCGCCUUACAUUAUGUACUUCUCCAGCGAUUCACAGUGGAGCACGGAAGAGACAGGGUUCAGUAUAUCAUAUGUCGUAAAGACGACAAUAAACUGA